AUGUUUGCGUUCCUCGGCUUGCAGGACAUCAAUCAGCUCAUCGACCAGACUGUUCCGUCCUCCAUUCGCAACAAUCGCGACUUAGAGGUAGGCUCGUCCCUUUCCGAGACCGAGGCUUUAGCCAAACUCAAGGCAAUGGCUAGCAAGAACAAGCUCUACCAGAACCAUAUCGGCAUGGGCUACCAUGGCACUCUCACCCCACAUGUCAUCCUCCGCAAUAUUUUGGAGAACCCUGGAUGUUACACCCAAUACACACCGUACCAAGCAGAGAUUGCCCAGGGCCGGCUUGAAUCCCUGCUCAACUAUCAAACUAUGGUAGCCGACAUCACUGGUCUUCCAGUUGCGAACGCCUCUCUCCUCGAUGAGGCCACGGCCGCCGCGGAAGCCAUGUCUAUGUGCUUCAACAUCGCCCGUAGAAAGAAGAAGUCUUUCUUCGUCAGUGAGCUCGUUCACCCUCAAACCAUCGAUCUGGUCAAGACUCGUGCCGAACGAUUUGGUGUGGAGGUCAUUGUCGGUGACCACAAGACAUAUGACGCUGCGAACAAGGACCUUUGCGGUACCCUAAUCCAAUACCCGGCCACUGAUGGAUCCAUUGAUGACUACGAACCAUUCAUCGCGGCAAGCAAAUCUGUUGGUGCCAAGGUUGUCAUGGCCACUGAUCUUCUCGCUCUCACAACUCUUAAGUCACCCGGCGAGAUGGGUGCCGAUUUCGCUGUCCGUAACUCCCAGCGCUUUGGUGUUCCGAUGGGAUACGGAGGCCCUCACGCGGCUUCCAUUCUGAGAAUUUAA